AUGCCCGACGGCUACGACUUCCUCUUCAAGCUGCUCCUCAUCGGCGACUCGGGCGUCGGCAAGUCAUGUCUGCUCCUCCGGUUCGCGGAGGACGCGUUCACGGACAGCUACCUCAGCACCAUCGGCGUCGACUUCAAGAUCCGCACCAUUGACCUCGAGGGGAAGACCGUGAAGCUCCAAAUAUGGGACACGGCCGGCCAAGAACGCUUCCGCACCAUCGCCGCCGCGUACUACCGCGGCGCACACGGCAUCGUCGUCGUGUACGACGUGACCGACACCGAAUCCUUCCAGAACGUCCGAGGCUGGCUGCAGGAGAUCGACCGCUACGCAUCCGAAAACGUCAAGAAGCUCCUCAUCGGCAACAAGUCCGACCUCGUCGAGCGCAAGGCCGUCGAGUACAGCGCCGCCAAGGACUUCGCGGACGAGCUCCAAAUCCCGUUCAUCGAGACGUCGGCGAAGACGUCGACGAACGUCGAGGAGGCGUUCGUGACGAUGUCGAAGCAGAUCAAGGAGAGGUGCGUCCUGGACGCGGCACCAGAACAAGCCCCAGGCGGCGCAAAAGCGGGGAUCGUGACGCCCGGCCGGAGCCUGGACGAGCAGCAGGCGUCGGGAGGCUGCGCGUGUUGA